AUGAAUAUGUUGGAUGAUGAAGAUGACCAAAGCUUUCACGCUACGCGUGACGGCUACUCCCAUUUGAGCGAUGUCGAAUGGGGUGCGGUUGAACGAAUGGGUUCGACCAUGGGCAUCCAUGCUGUUAGUGUCAUGCUAGAGGCUCUCAAUAGAGAUGCCCAACAUGCUACUAUCGCCAAGUUCAUUCAAAAUGAACUUGACGCUGAACGCGAGAAAUUUGAACUGUUGAGACAGCAGCAGGCUGCUGCUGGUGGGUCGAUGCAUUCGCGUCGACCCGAGACCUUGAAGAUUGACAUCUCCAAGUAUAGAGGAGUCGAAGAGGACUCCCUCUUGAGAUGGUUCGUCGAAUUGGAUGACGCCAUAAGGGCGCGUCGCAUCGACGACGGGGAUAUGCAAGUUGCAUUUGCCCAAUCAAAUCUUGCAGGACGUGCCAAGACUUGGGCUAUGGGGCUCAAGUUGCACGACCCAUAUGCGUUUGGGUCGUUGGAAGUCUUCAAGUCGCGGCUCAGACAAACGUUUGAACCGCCUAGAGCUGAGUUCAGAGCUCGAACCGAACUCUUGAAGCUCAAGCAGGGUAAGCGUGAUGUGCACGCUUACGCACAACAUAUGCAACAUCUUACGAGUUGUAUAAGUUCCAACCCGGUGGAUGAACACACGUUGGUUUCGGUGUCCAUGCAGGGUCUUGCGGAUGGUCCCGUCAAGACUCACCUGUUCCGACUUGAACUAGAUUCACUAGAACAAGCCAUUUCCAUUGCGGAGCAGGAAGACUUCAGUCUGAGACAGGCUCGCACCAUCUCGACAUCAUAUCGUCAACCGAGACGAUAUGACAGCGGAGGUCCAGAGCCGAUGGAACUCUGUUAUGUAGAGAGCGAAAAGGCUCGCUCUACAGGCUACAAGAAGUUGCAGAGAUUCAACAGAUGUCAAAAGACAGGACACUACGCUUACGAGUGUAGUGCCCCUCGUCCAGUGUCUCGCGACGCUGGGCGUAGUGACCGUCCACCCAGGAGAAAGGGGCAGGGACGAGGGUCCGCUGUUGGUGCAAAGACGCAACAACGGGAUGGACCGUCAAAAAACGGACAGGAUCAGUAG